UUUGUCUUUACUCCUGCAGCACUCCUGUUGGCUGCAUGUGAAGAAGGAGUUGAGGGAGAAAAGCAUGGCGGUGGAUAAGGACGACGUGGUGCAGGUGAAGGAGGCCUUCAAGUGGGUCCUGCAGGGUCUGGUCGCCAAGGAGAUAGGCGGCGUCGCUGUGGUUGCCAGGAGUUUGUUCGAGAUCUCUGUGGGGUUCACCCACAAGGAGACGGACGCUGACUGCCACUUCCUAGCAACAACGUGUGCCGACUGCUUCAGACCCACCAAGAACAAACAGGUGAGGAAGCAACAGAGGAACAAGCUUUAA